UAUAUAUAAAUGUACAUACAUAUGUCUACCGUGCGUAUUUUGUAACGAAGAACAAAAAUGAAUGAUAGCGAUUCAAUCUAACAUUUUUAAGGACAAUAUACUUAAAAUUCUUAUUAAUUGCGUUUAUAUAAAUUUUCAAUAUACUGCUAGUGAGAACGUACGAGUUAAUGAAGUAUUUUUAAAAAAAUGUUACUUAUUAACGUCAAUAGACCCAAGAAAAUUGGCACAAUACGUUAAAUGUCCAUGUUUAUGUAGCGUUUUAUCUUAUGCAAUACUAUAUUUAUUUUAACAAAUCAGUACUUGAUAUUAUUUGAUUUGUAUAAAUAUAUAGAAUUGUUACUAUGUGGCAUCAACAAGUUUUUGCUCUUGAUGCUAAAUACAAUGCACAACGUGUAAAUAAAUUACCUACUUUAGGAAUGCUUUAUAUUCGUCGUAGAAAUCAACUGUUAAAAGAAAAGUUUAGUAAAGAUCCAAAUAUCAGAGAAAAUUAUAUAAAACUAAGAGCAAAACUGUUAUUUCUGCGAUAUGGCGAAAACUUAGAACAAAAUAGUUUUAGUAGUUAUACAACUGAAGAAGAGAAAUCUGAAAUUAAAACAAAACUUUAUAAUAUACAACGAAAAUCAAUUGCAGAAAGUUUUGCCUUUGAUGGAAUGCAUCAUGUUUUUGAUCAACACAAUGCACCUGUAAUGAUGCUUAAGUUUGCAAAUAAUGAUAGAUCAAAGUUAUGUUGUGCAUCAUUAGAUGGAUUAUUAUCGAUAUGUGAUGCUAUCAGUACUCCUCCAAAAGUGAUAGCUUUAUUGGAAGGACAUAAAAAAGGUGUCACUGCAUUAGACUGGAGUAUUAGUAAUGACCUUAUAGUUUCAUCUUCUCUAGAUGGUACAAUAAGACUUUGGAAUGUCCUGAAUCCAGAAAAUAAUCCAACUUGUUUACGAGUGGUUAAUGAUCAACAGCGAGCAGAAGUUUUAUGCUGUGGAUUUAUACCCGUAAAUAAUAAUUUGAUUGUUGCUGGUAAUUCUCAAGGACUAGUACAAAUUUUGAAUAUAUCUACUGGUAUAUAUACUCGCAAUGGAUCUUGCAAAAUUGGUGGAAAAAUUCUGUCAUUAACUUGUGAGGGUAGCGGUGGUUCCAUAAUAUGGGUUGGAAAUGAUAGAGGAGUUAUUAUGUCAUUUCAAUUGGAAUCAGGAUCAGGACGAUUAACGAAAUUAAAGAGAGUACAAGAAAUUGGUGGAAUGAUAAAUAGUCUUUCUUGGCGUUCAUGGCUUUCAAAAGAUGCUCCAUGGCCAGCACUUUUAGUGAGCAGUGCUUGUAAUGUAGUAUUAUUGUAUCAUAUUAUUGACAAUCAAGGUUCUUUAUCUCUGUGGACAAAAUAUCCAAUAAAACACAAACAAUACCUUGUGAGGUCUACUUUUUGCCCACAAAUGGAAACAUGUUUAAUAGCCACUGGUUCUGAAGAUGGUACAAUACAUUUAUUGGAUUCAGCAAGAAAAGGCAAAGCAGCAAAAAUCAACCGACUUGAAGGUCAUGCAACACCGACAAUUGCUUUAUCUUUUAAUUAUGAUGAAUCUCUUCUUGCAUCUGCGGAUUAUCAAGGACUUAUUAUUUUAUGGCGUAAUCGUCAACGUCAUAUAUAAACUUUUAAUAAUGUACAAACAUAAAAUAAUAUUAUACAAACAUUUUAUAAAACUAAUUACUAUAAGUAAAAUAUUUAUGAUAAAAUUUUAAAUGUUCUGUCUUGGAACUUGAGCAAAUUAAUUAUAUCAUCUGUAUUUUAUCCAAUACUAUUUUUCAAUUAUUACAAUUUUUAUGAUUUUCUGUAGAAAUAAACUAAAAUUAGUGAAGUUAAUCAAAAUAUACGAAACUAAAAUAUUUCGUACGUAAAUGUGUAUGUUAUAACGGUAUAGGAAAUAAUAACAAUGAAACACAUAUUCUGUUUAAAUCAAUGUCUGCUUUGUAUAACAAUAUAUUAAUCGUUCUCUAUUAAUAUCCUAUGUAUUAUAAUGAGCAUGGAGUUAGCAUUAUCAAUAGUGAUAAUAGUAAUAGUAAUUGUAAUGGUAGUAAAACUGCAUAAUAAUCGCAGUGCUAUUAAUAGUAGUUAUAACAUGUACGUUUUCGAUUUCACAUAUGUUAAUGAAAUUAUAUAUCGGUGCAAAUAUCAAGUA